AUGGCAAAACUAGGCGUUUGUCCGUGUGGAUGCGAUGCAUUACAGUCUCGUUAUAUUUUACAUUCACCGAGCGAGCCAUGCUGUUGCUGCACUUAUGAUCCUUUCAAUGAUAAUUCGAAGGACUCGGAGAUUCGUGAUCUUUCGUUUGCCCUUAAAAAGCUAGCAGCGAUGCGCUGUCAAACGAAGAAAUGGCGGAUGGAGAGACUUCAGCUCGAAAGCGAAACUAGGUCUCUGAAACAAGCCCUACAAUCAUUCGGUGUUGACACGAACGUAGCGUUAAAACCCGAUCCUCUGAUCGUACAUUAUCGCCAAGAGAACGAAAGAUUACAAAAUGCAAAUGAAGAGCUCGAGGAAAAGCUGAAGGAUCUCGAGGAGAGUUUUGCCGAACGUGAGUGUUGGGAAGAUCCUGAAGAGGAGGUUAUAUAUGUCAGGGAGAAGAUGAAAACGUUGAAAGAACGUUUCCUUGCUGAAAAGAAACAAUUCAAAGAAAUGAUAAGCAAACUGCGAUUGAAGCUGGCCGAAGCGGAAGAUGAUACUUCUUGUGCAGCUUUGAAUCGUCUAAGAGCAAAAUUACGAGAAUUGAUGAAGAAUGGCGAAGAAGCGGAUCAGCAGGUCGCGGAUGUCGUCGAAAAGUCUAUGGAUACGAUGCUUGAUCUUUCGAAUGGCUGCGAGAAAUUGAAGUUAGAUAACGAACGACUUUACCGUUUAUUGGAAGAUCUUGGUAUGAGUUCGGAAGAGAUCGAUGAAUAUCUGAAAAAUCUUUCCAGUGAUCCUAUAACGUAUAGAAUCAACGAUAACGUAGAAGCUAUCCAAGAAUCACCUCAGAACAAGUUACUGAAUCUCGAAAAAAAAUUGAAAGAUUGCGAAGAAGCUAUGAAAUAUAUGAAAGAUCAGGUAGACGAAAAGAAUGCUACCCUCGAGUCUUUAAGGAAAGAAUUAGACAGAGAGAAGAGUUCUUCUACCGCUAUUGCAUCGGAUCUUGAUAAGAUUUCUGUAAGCUACAAGACUUUGAUGGAAGAAAUAGUUGCGGCAAAGGCGGAACUUCAAAGAAAAGACGAAAAAAUAUAUGAUCUCACUCAUGAACUUAGACAAUCGACGAUUAGUUUGCAAGAUAUGAAUAAGUUGCAAAAAGAAAUAGAAGAUGUUAAGCCUCAAUUGUACAAUCUCGAAGUUGAGAAAGAUAAUCUUUUGGAAGAAUUAGCAAAGAUACGUGAGAUCGUUACCGAAAGAAAUGACCAGAUUAUCAAGAUCCUCGAAUCGAAAGAAAAAUCAGAGAAGGAUUAUAUAACGAAGUUGGGUGAUUUGCAAGAAAAAUUGGAUGCAAAAUUAUUGGAUGAAACUAGCUUGAAGAAAUAUAUCGCCGAUCUUGAAAAUGAACUAACCCGAUUUCGAGAUUUAACGGAAGAUUUAGAAGAGCAACGUAUACUUAACGAGGAAUCUUCGAAGAUAAUCAAAGAUUUGGAAGACGAAUUGGCUACGUUAAGAAAUAACUUAAAGAAUUUAAAAGAUGAAAGAAAUGAUAUCAUUUCUAAGUUAGACGCUAUGAAGAUCGAAACCGAUGAAUUGAAGAAGCGGCUUGCCGAUGAAGAAAAAUUGAAAAAUGAUCUCAAUAAUAAACUCGAUGCGAUAGGAACGGAGAUGGAAAAUUUACGUAAAGAAAAUUUCAAUUUUAAUGAACAAUUGAAAGAAUUACAUAUGGAGAAAAAUGAUAAAGAAAAAGCUUUGGAAGAAGUUAAACGUUUGGAAAGUGAACUUGUAUCAACGAAGGCUCAGAAAGAGAAGGCUGAAAAGGACAAUGUAAUGUUACGCGAGGAACUGGCGAAACUUAACGAAAAGAACGAUAAAUUAAUGGGUGAAAACGAGUCACUGAAGAAAAAAAUAGAAGAGUUCGAUGGCGUACUCGAGGCGUUGAAUAAAUGUAAAGAGGAAAAUAAUAGUUUGAGAGGUAGGAUAAACGAGUUGGAGUCUAUAAAUAAUGCAUCGAAGGAAGAGAGUGAACGAGCAAAGGCGGAUGCUGAGAAGAUAAAGAACGAGAGUAUAGCGGUGAAGGACGCACUUGAUAAGAUGAUAGAGGAGUUGGAUAAACUUAAAGAUGAAAAUGAACGCUUGAAAAUGCAAAAUGACGAGAAUGCUCGGCUCAAGCCCGAACUAGAAAAUUUGAGGUCUGGAAACGUGACUCUUAAAAAAGAAUCGGAUACGUUAAAAGCAAAGCUCGACGAUACAUUAGCCGAAUUGGACAUUGAGAAAUUGGCAAGAAACAACGCUGAGAAAGAAUUAAUGACUCUUAAGAAUGAGUUGAAAAAUUUGCUGGUUAAGAUCGACGAAUUGAAAAAAGAAAAUGAAUCUCUCAAAGAGGAGAAAGAAGAAUUAAAGAAAACGCUGUUAAAGUUUGGCGAUGACUUGUCAAACGUGAAGAACGAAAAUUUAGAAUUGAUUAAGGAAAUGGAUACGUUAAAAGCUCGAAUAGUUGAUCUCGAUAAUCAGAUUUUCAAAUUAGAAGAAGAAAUUGAGCAUUGGAAAACGGAAAGUUGUAAAACCGGUUUAAGCGUUGAUAAAUUGAAGAAAGAUUUAGAGAAAGCUAUGAAAGAGUCUGUCGAAUGUCAGGUAUCUAAAAAGUUAUUGGAACAACGAGUUUCUCAAUUGGAGCAAGACAAUUUGAAACUUGAGAAACACAACGAAGAUAUAUUAUAUCAAUUAGAUCAUUUGGAAAAGUCUCAUGAACUCGACAAAUCAUUGAAAGAAGAAGUCUUAAAAGACCUCAACGUAAUGAAAAACGAGAAUAUCAGUUUGAAGGAUGAGUUAUCAGCAUUGAAGGCUGAAUUAUUGAGACUCAGAGAGGAGAACAAAGAUCUGAAAGGUUCUUUAGCAAACACCUUGCAACGAUUGACAUCGGCCGAUUCUGAAAUAGAGAAGCAGAAAGCUGAGAUCUUAGCAUUGAGAACUGAGAAUACUUCGAUGAAAGGGGAAGUUGAGAGAUUGAAGGACGAAACGGAGAAAUUCUCGAGAGAAGCAGCUAAGUUAGAAACGGAUUUGGCGAGCUUGCAAAGCGAGAAUGACAACCUAAAGGUCGGCCAGCAGAAGCUUCAAGAAGAUUACGGUAAACUUAGGGGCCAGGGAGAUGGGCAACUGAUCGAAAUCGAUAAACUGAAGUCUGAGUUAGCUGCAGAAAGAUCUAACGUUGAUAAACUCAAAACAGACUUAUCUUCUUGUCAAAAAGAAAAUCUUGAAAUAAUGGGAGAGUUGAGGAAGCUUAGAGAAGAGAAGGAAAAGUUGUUAAAACAAUUAGAGACUGAUGAAAAAAUGCUAUCGGAUACGAUGAAUAAAUUGAAGAAUGUAGAAGAGAAGGUAUCAAAGUUGGAAGAAGAAAAAUUUAAUCUUCUCGACGAGUUGACGAAUUUAAGGGCAAAAAUUGAUAAUCUCGAAAAACAAUUGAAUACUGAAAUAAAUAUUAAAGAAGCAGCAAUAAGAGAUUGUAACGCUUGCAAGGAAGAAUUGGCCGCAUUGAAAGAGGAAUUGGCAAGAUUACGCGUAGAAACGGGAAAAUUGCAAACUGAAAUGGACAAAUUGAAAAUCCAAGCGGACGAUGCGAAUAAACUGCUCGAAAAUUUACGUAAGAAAGAAGCAGAUUUAAAAUCGGACGGUGAGAGAUUGAAAAAAUCUCUCGAGGAUGCGGAAUCGAAGAUAGGAUCAAUGAAAAAGGAAAUUUCUGACUUAUCGGCGGAAAAAUCUAAGGUGGAUAAAAUGAUCGAAGAUUUGCAGCAUCAAAGAGAUCUUUUUGCAACACAAAUCGAUGGCUUGAAGAGAGAACUUGCAGAGUGUAACAAGAUGAGGGAUGUCUCGUUAAAGGAUAUUGAAACUCUACGAGAAUUGGAGAAAGAAUUAUCCCGGUGCCAAGAGGACAGAGAAAAAUUAAAAUCGGAAAACGAAAGUUUGAAGAAAGAUAUUAAUAAGACACGUACUGAUCUCCAAGCAUUGGACACAAAUUAUCGUCAAUUGAAAACUAAAAUGACGGAUGAUUCAGAAGCUUCGAAAAAAGAGAUAGAUCGAUUGAAAUUAGAGAACAUCGAGUCGAAGCUUCAAUUAGAUGAUAUCAAAAAGAUUAACUUUGGCCUGAAAAAAGUCUUACCUGUACCAGUAAGAGAAGAUAAAUCAACGCUUUCGGAUGAUAGUGAUUUUAUAAUCGAAGUGAUCGAAGCGAUGAUGAGAAAAAUAAAACAACAAAACGACGGUUUGAGUCGUGUACGAAAUUACGUGAUGUUUUUAACUGGUAAAAUAGAAGAGAAGCCGAAAAUGGCUUCAACUUUUGAAGAGGAUGAUGAUUUCGUUCGAAGAUUACUUUCGCCUUUCGAUAUAUUGCUGCCGAUUUUCCAUGAACUAUCCGAUAAUAUUUAUCGUGUUGAAAUCGAGAUACAAGAAUUGGAUGAUCUACGGAAACCUAUGAGAGAGGAGGACGAAAAUUUGAAGAAGUCAUUGACACUAACACAAAUGGCAGAUCUUCACGAUAAAAUUUGUUUACUUACGUCGAGUAUGGUUCGAGACGAUAACGAUAGACCAAGUUUCGAUCCUGUUUUUACCGUUCCUUGUCCUGGACGAAGUCCUUCUCAAGAAGAUUACGAUGUUUUGAACAAAAGAAUUGCUGCGUUGCAAAGGCAAAUAGCCGAGAAACAAAUGGAAGCAUCUUGGAAACUGCAGGAAUUAAAGAAUGCUCUUCGUUUCGAACAGGCGAAUCUUAUAAGAAUAUCUGACGAAAUGAAUUUGGAGAGAAAGCGAAAUUUGGCUCUUCAACUUACUAUGGACGACGGCUUCGUAAUCUCGAAUCAAGAGAAGUUAUCGAAUUAA